GUACAUUGUCGAUUUCAAUAAUACAAUACCUACUUACGCAGCAUUGUAAUGCUUUGGCGCAAUCUUCCGCGCUUAAACUGAACCCGUGUCAAAAACCGUUUACACAAUUACACCACGCUAAACUGCAACGACAAAUGGCGCAUUUCCAACUUCCUCAAACCGACCUCAACUCAAUUUCCAAGCUUCUUCAAUGGCGGUUGAUUAACUUCCUUCGAACUUCGCACUAAUUUCCAACAAUGGAGGUCUCAAUUCUGGAUUCAACUCAAAAAUACGCAGCUUCUGCAUUGUUCGCACUUGCCCUAAAUCAAUCUCAGCUUCAUCAAUGUCGUCUUACCUCUACUCUUCCUUGUCCCGACGACGAGCCUAUUGGCGCUGGAAUGAGCGCCGCUACUUCCUCCGUCUCUGAUCGUCCUUAUCUUUGGAUUCAUGAGGAUUCCGGCUUGCUCCUUCCUGUUUUCAAGUUUAUGAAGGUUGAUGAUAAAGCUUGGGAUGGUUUGAAGGAGACUGCUGGAACUUCCUCACAAAUUAGUCAUCAUGUCGUCUCUUUUUUAAAGUUACUUUGUGACGGAAGAGCCUUAACUUCAGAGGUUGCUGCUAAAGAACUUGCUCUGUCAAAGCUUGUUGAUACCAUGGUAUCUAGCAUGGAGGCACGUGAUGCAACUAUUGUUAAUUAUGGUGAAAAGUUGGAAGAUGAAUCUUUGCCGCGUAAAAGCCAUACUUAUGAAAAACCUGUCGAAAGUGCAGAAUCACUUAGUUGCCCUCGCAAAGUGACUGACUUGUAUGAGCUUCUUUCUGCAUGCCUACUUGGCACCAACGAAGAAAACAAAAAUGCUUCUCAAUCUGAUUAAAGUGGAAGCAUUGGAGGUAAUAUUAGCUUGCUCGUUGAUGGAUAUAACCAAAGGAGAAGUCGAAAAGAGAGAUGAUAGUGAUCCUUGGGUCAAAUGGAAGCAAGGUGGCAUGAUUGGUGGAGCUGCUUUGGCUGGAGGAGCAGUGUUAGCUGUAUCUGGAGGAGUAGUUGCACCUGCAAUUGCUCAGGGGCUCAGCACUGUGGCUCCAACAUUGGGAAGCCUUUUGCCUGCCAUUGGUACAAGUGGAUUUGCUGCAGCUGCUACAGCUGUUGGAUCUGUUGGUGGUUCGAUUGCUAUAGCUGCAUCUUUUGGAGCGGCGGGAGCUGGACUUUGCGGUAGCAAGAUGGCCACAAGAAUUGGAAAUAUUGAAGACUUUGACUUCAUAGCAAUUGGUGAAAAUCAUAAGAAGGGGCAUCUUGCAGUUGGAAUAAUGGUAUCUGGACUUGUUUUUGAAGAAGUAGACUUUGUGAGACCUUGGGAAAGUCAAAACAUUAACUUGGAGAGUCUAAUUUCUCAAGGGUUAGCUGGAAUUCAACCCGUGGAUGGACCUGGGAUCGAAAAUGUCGACGUGACGCAUAUCAUUGAAGGGCAUGCAUCAUAUGUAGAUAUGACUGAGCAUAUUUUGAAACAGCUUGAGCUAGACACAUACUAUCCUGUUUGGAAAGAUGGAAAAGUUGAAGUAUCAUCCCCAAGGAAAACAUCCACUAAACCUUAGUUCUUGCUUGUCUAACUUCUUGGCGUCUUGUUAGGAAAUCAAAGGUUCUUGAUUGUUGGACAGUGGUCGCCUUUCAUCACACUCACAAGUACUAGCUCGCUGUGCUAAUUGAGUUUUGGAUAUACGUUGCUUUGCUCAGUUAUCGAACCAUUUACAGUAAUAAAUACUGAAUGCGUGUCCAUUACACCUUUACUGAUCAUUGAUACGAGCACGUCCUUAAUUUGUAUAGCAGUGUUAGUAGUCAUAUACUCAUAUGUUCGGCGCAAUGAACAAGGUCUUGUUUAGCGUUGAAACCAUCCUGUUAAUGACUGUUAAAUCUGCGGAAGGCAGGGAUAUAGUCUCGUAUAAAAAAACCCUGUUUUGGUGCACCGCGCACGUUCUGACGUCCCACAUUACUGACGUGCACAGUGCACCAGACGCCUAGACGGUCAAUCAAAAUCUGCGCCAUGUGAUUUCAUUUCCAAUACAUGCCUUACUGAAUUGCACGUGUCCUUGUGUCAGAAAUCAAAUCGCCAAUUAAAUUACUCUUGCUUUUGUAGAGUUUCAAAAUGCUAUUGUUAAUAGUAUUUGCAAUGCACUGCUUUGACUUUGCAAGAUUCACAUACA